GACUAGAUUGGGUUGGGAUAUUUGGUCGGCAUGGACGAGGUCGACUGAAGAGUCUGUUAACGUGCUGCACAUCUCCAUCACUGUUCUGCCUUCAUGUACACUUCUCAGAAAUUCAAUCAAACUUAUUCAACAUGAUUUUCACUAGACUAAACCAUUCUUACUAUCCUUGAUUAAUCCAUGCCUCUGCAAGUAAAGAUUAAGUUUAUCCCUUAGAAUUUGUUUCCACUACCACAGAUAUUAGACGCAAUAGUGUGCAGUUUCCUGGUUUAUCCUUACCGCCCAUCUUGAGUAGUAGUACCACAUUAGCUUUCCUCCAAUCUUCUGGGACCCCUCCUGUGGCCAAAGUAGAUUUGAAAAUUAAUGUCAGGGCCCCUGCAAUCUCCUCCUUUGCCUCCGACAGAAACCUGGGAUACAUCCCAUUUGCCUCGGGAUUUUUAUCCACUUUCAAGUCUAGUAAAAUUGCUAAUAUCUCAUAUCUCUCAAUGCUAAUUUGUUUAAGUACAUCACAGUCUCCCUCCCUGAUUUCUAUACCCGCAUCGUCCUUCUCUAUUUGAAUACAGAUGCAGAUUUAAGACCUCAGUGAGCGCCUACUGAAGUGGUGGUAGCUGAUGAUGAUAUCUGUCAAUCGAGGUGAUUGCAGUUGUGAGCGGUGGCUGUCUGGCAGGUGGCAGCAGUUUUUUUUAUGAAUGAGUAGGUUGGCGCUACUCUCAGAGUCUGGUUACGUUACGUUCUGUUCUGUGACGAAGCUGCGUUUUGGCGCCAAAAGUGCAGGAUGGCGACGAAAGUGAAGAACAAAGUUUCAGCUGCUUUUAAAAUGCACGGGUUAAUCUUGAGAUCUAAUGCUGCAAAAUUUCUCGUGGAUGUUCUUGAGACUGUCGAUGAGUUGAACCUUGAAGAUGCAAUUGAACGUAUCAUUGAUGCAGUUGAAAAACAGCCAUUGAACUGCAACAUGAUAGAGCAAUCAAUGGUGGAGGCAGCAGUCCAGGAGUGCAGUCAGACUUGUGAUGAAACUAUAGAACACGUCUUCAACAUAAUUGGUGCAUUUGAUGUUCCUCGUUAUAUCUACAAUUCAGAAAGGAAGAAAUUUUUACCUCUUGCAAUGACAGAUCGCAGUGCACCUUGUCUGUUUGGAACAUCGCGAAACAAAGCUGAACUAUUUUGUGAACGCUACACUAUUAUGCAACAGCGAACUCAUAGACAUGAAUUAUUUACACCUCCUGUGACAGGAUCACAUCCUGAUGAGAACCGAAAUAAAUUUCAACUAAAAACUAUAGAAAUGCUCCUUGGCAGCACAUCAAAGGUUGGAGAAGUCAUUGUUCUGGGGAUGAUAACACAACUUAAAGAGGGAAAAUUCUUUCUUGAAGAUCCAACUGGAACUGUUCAACUCAAUCUUAGUAAAGCACAGUUUCAUAGUGGCUUAUAUACAGAAUCUUGCUUCGUUCUUGCGGAAGGAUGGUACGAAGAUGGAAUUUUUCAUGUCAAUGGGUUUGGUUUUCCACCCACUGAACCUUCCAGCAUUACAAGAUCUUAUUAUGGCAACAUUAACUUUUUUGGCGGUCCCUCUGCUACGUCAGUGAAAUCUUCAACAAAAUUAAAGCAAUUGGAGGAAGAAAAUGAAGAUGCCAUGUUUGUUUUUGUCUCUGAUUUAUGGUUGGACCAGGUGGAAGUACUUGAAAAACUUCAUAUGAUGUUUUCAGGUUAUUCUUCCAUGCCGCCCACUUGCUUCAUCUUCUGUGGCAAUUUUUCCUCUGCUCCCUAUGGAAACAACCAAAUAAAGAAUCUAAUAGAAUCUCUGAAAACACUUGCAGAUAUUAUCUGUGAAUAUCCGAAUAUCCAUAAAAAUAGCCGCUUUGUUUUUGUUCCCGGCCCUGACGAUCCUGGUCCCGGUUCUAUCUUACCCAGACCUCCGCUUGCUGACUAUAUCACAGAAGAGUUUAGCAAGAGGAUUCCAUUUUCUGUAUUUACUACAAAUCCCUGCAGGAUUCAAUAUUGUACACAGGAAAUCAUAAUUUUUCGUGAAGAUUUGGUCAAUAAGAUGUGCAGAAAUUGUAUUCGUUUUCCUAGCAGCAAUUUGGAUAUUCCAAACCACUUUGUCAAGACCAUCAUUGCACAAGGACAUCUAACACCACUCCCACUGUUCGUUAGUCCAGUCUACUGGGCCUAUGAUUAUGCUCUUUCUGUAUACCCGGUACCCGACUUGAUUGUGUUUGCUGACAAAUACGAUCCAUUCAACAUCGUCCAUACAGAUUGUAUUUGCAUCAAUCCUGGCUCAUUUCCUCGAAGUGGGUUCUGCUUCAAGGUAUACUACCCCUCAAAUAGAACUGUGGAGGACAGUAAACUUCAGAAUCUUUGAUUUGCGAAAUUUUAAAACUUAGAAGAGACUGGAUAUUGAAGACUUACAUUUGCACAUUAAUGUCUUUUCCAUUUUUGAUCAUUUCUUGUUUAUUUGUAUUUAUCUAUAUUGGAGAUUUUGUUUAUAAAUUAAACUUAGAAUGUCUGUCUGGUUUAGUUAAUAACGAUCCAUAUUUUUUCGAAAGAUUGAUAAUAAACUAAAAUUUGUAAGUAUGUCCCUUUAUAAGAACUAUUCUUUUUAAGUCUAGAUUUAUCUUAUCAGAAUUUAUUAAACUUGUAUUUUUUACAUUCUGUACAAUGACAGAAAACCUCUGUGACACAUCUUUCAAUUUAUUGUUAUAAUAUACUUCAGGUAUCUUAAUGUUGCCGUGAUGGGAAAAGGAUACUCAGAAUUGUUAGCGGGGAUAAAUUUUUGCCCCACUUCAUUUUUACCUGAGCUCAUGUCCUACUGAAACUCUCAUUCAUUUCUUCAUUACCUCGAGACAGGGAUAUUGCAGUUUAUUCCUUAUUGGUUUCCUGCAUUCUACUUGGUCACCCAAAGUUGACCACUCAUACAUUUACUCAUAUGAACAUGUGAAUUAGGACUUGUUGUAGGUCAUGUAGCCCUUUUGAACCUGCUCUGCCAUUCAAUAAAAUCAUGGCUGAUUUGAUUAUAAUCUCAAUUCAAAUUCCUGUCUAUCCGUGAUAACCUUUCACACCCUUGCUUAACAAGAAUCUAUCUACCUCUGACUUUAAAAUGUUCAAGGACUCUGCUUCUGUUCCUUUUGGAACACUUUUCAGGGAGAGUGUUCCAAAGAGUUGCAUCCCUCUAAAAAUUUUUUUGGCCUCAUUUCUGUUUUGAAUGGGUUACCCCUGAUUAUUAAACAAUGACCUAGUCCUAGAUUCUCCCAUAAGAGUAAACAUCCUCUCCACAUCUACCUUUUCAAGACCCUCAGGAUGUUCUGUAUUUCAAUCAAGUUACCUCUUACUCUUCUAAACUCUAAUGGAUAAAAGCUUAACCUGUCCAACUUUUCCUCAUAAGAAAAGUCACCUCAGAAUUGCCUCAAAUACAUGUACAUCAUCCCUUAAGUGAAAGUACGGGGCUGCAUAGUACUCCAGAUACUGUCUCACCAGUGCUCCAUAUAAUUGAAACGCAACCUCUCUGCUUCUGUAUUCCAUUCCAUGUUGUGUUUAUUUUAUAUUAACCAGUCACCCUCAUUGUCACUCUGAGCAUCAUCCCUUUUGUCCAUGUUUACAAGGCUGUAAUAUCAGGAGUCAAGUGGUCCUGGUGGGGAACCCACAUAGAAUAUUAGUCAACAGAUUAUUCCUUUGCAAAUAUCACUUGAUGAGAGGUCGGUUAGCUCAGUUGGGCUAGUUUGCAAUGCACAGUGAUGCAACCAGCACUGGUUCAAUUCCUGCAAUGGUUCAGGUUACCAUGAAUUUUCUCCCUUCUCACCCUUGCGCCUCACCUGAGGUGUGGUGACACUCGGGUUCAACUCACCACCAGUUGUG